AUGGCUGCUUCCGUCAUCAAGCAACUGCAGAUGGAGGAUGUGCUAGUCGUCUACCUCUUCUUCCGACAAAUCAUUGAUGCAAACCACGAGUCUAUCGCUGCGUUGCGGGACUGGCUGUAUCAAGUUUUCAAACAUAGUGCUCUGCUCCAGGUCAAACUCCAACAAUCUCUCAAAAAAUGGCGGUCUCUCAAUAGCCUAUCACCGACCGACUUGGGGAGUGACCUCAACAUGGCAUCAGGAGGUUGA